AUGAAAAUCACAGUGAAAGAAGUAUAUCCAGUUUUUGCAUGGUCGUGGGACACUGACACUGGAUCGAAGGAGUUCUAUAAGAAUGAUCCACAACAUAAUGAUCGUCCAGAUUUCAAUAGCGAAACAUACACAUUUUUACGAAAUUAUAGAAAUGAUGAGGAUGAUGUGUGUGGUAUUUGUCGUGUAAGUUAUAAUGGAGUUUGUCCAAAUUGUAAAAUACCUGGUAGAUCAUGUCCUUUAGUGGUCGGUCAAUGUAAUCAUAACUUCCAUGUUCAUUGUAUAUAUAGAUGGUUAGAUACAGUAAAUUCAAAGGGGUUAUGUCCAAUGUGUAGACAAGAAUUUACUCUGAAGGAGGAUGUAGUAAUAAAUACUAAACAUUGGGAACGAUUUAUGACCCUUUUAAGUAAGAAUCGAGAAAGAAGAUUACUAAUGGAACGUGAGGAACAAGAUUUAAAUAAUGAAAUAAUGGGGGAAGAAGAUGCUGCAGAACAAGAUGGUACGGAAGGGCGACUAGAAAUGGAAGAAGAGGACGACAUGCAAUAUGAUGAUUCUGAUGAUGAUGAUGAUGAUGAUGAUGAUGAUGAUGAUGAGCCACAAACAUGA